UCAUCGGGUCCCGGCCGGAGAUUCUCCACCGCUACCCGGCGAUUUCUGAGGAACAUUGACAGGGGAGAGGUCUGUAUCAUGCUACUUUGUAUUGCUCUGCAUAGCAGAGUAAUACAAAGCAGCAUGCUUACACAGUAAAACAGCACAUAAUGUGAAACACACACAGCACACAGUCAACCCUUUGAUCACCCCAGAUGUUAACCCCUUCCUGCCCAGUGGCAUUAGUACAGUGUCAGUGCUUUUUAUUAGCACUGACCAUUGUAUUAGAGUCAUUAGAGAUGUCAGUGACAGUUAGUCAGUUCCCACCCAGUGUCAGAAUGCCCGCUGCAGUCCUGCUAUAA